AUGGGACAAGCACCCCCCAGUCAGAUGACGAGGGUGCGUGCCGAAAGUUCGAGGAAGAGGAACCCCUCGGGCCAAACUUCAGGUCAUCAAAAAAGGAAGCGGGGAGAUCCUGAGGUAGUGGAGGUCGAUCCGUUGUCCUUCAGCUUACCCGCGAUCCACGGAUUAUCCUCCAUUGUCAAACUUCUGAAGGAGGGGUACGAGGAUCAAGGACGUGGAGCAGGCCAGUUUGAGGGCGUACCCGAGGAGGAGAGGGGACGCCUGGAGGAGGACGUCACAAGGAUGAAGGGGCAGCUCGAAGGCAUAGAACUGAUCCACAGUCUUCAAAUGGAGAGUCUGCAGGCAACAAGCGUCCCUAAAUCUCGUCUGGACGCGUACAUUCUCGUGGGAGUCCAGAGGUACCUGGGGUCAUCCGAGUUCGCCCUCGGGAUAAAUGACGUCAUGGACCCCGCCAUAGAAACGGGGGCGAGGAAGGACAGUAUGGAGAUCGAGGCGGCCCGGAGGAAGAACGAGGACAUCCAACUCAUCCUCGACAAAUAUGCUGAUAGAGAAAUGAAGGGGAAGACGUCCGCGAUGCCAAGGGGGACACAGACGCCUCCGAGCACGCCGCCGAGGCUUGAUGAGGAGCCGGAGGUAGUCGCACCUGCACCUCCACCCCAAGGGCACAACUCUGGAAGCCGCGGAGGAGGGGGAACCUCGACCGACUCCAACACCAACAGCGGAGACAAGGGGAAGGACGCAGCUUUGGACUUCCCCCCUCAGCCCGAGGGAACCUCUCGAGGCGUGCCCGUGACUCCGGGUCAUUGGAAAACGUCCGGGAUUCCCUGGAUCGACUUACAAUUGCCCGAUCCUCAUCAUGACCCGACGACCUUUCCACUGUAUGCGGCUGUAGGAAGCGCCUUGGUGGAUCCGAAUGUCGACAGGAGCCGAGGACGACUGUCGGGUCUCGAGGGCCUGCUAGAAGAGGGCUUGGAAACUUUCAGGAUCUCGGACCUGCACGAGGCACGCAGGGCCGUCAUCGAGGCGAAAGCCGAAAACGACUGGCUGGAUAAGUUAUGGAGGGACACGGAGGCCUAUUGGGAGAACCACCUGAAGAACUCUAUACAGUUAGAGAUAUUGGCUAACAAUCGCCUUCAAACCUUCGAAGCCAAGAUAAGGAAGAAAAAGAAGGACGAGGGCUUAGCCGAACCCGACCCGGAGGAUUUUAUUCUCCGCAACUAUUUCGAGAGUGUCUUGGUACAUCUCCGGAAGGCUUACGCCUUGGUUGCUGUGAAGUGGGAUCGGUCCUCUAACAAGAUCGAGGCUCUUCGGGCGUAUGCUGGUCAGCUUCGAAUAGCUUUGGAAAGCGCUAUAUCCUUCAUUGUAGAGACGGGGAAGGAAUAUAAUUUUGAGACGUUGUGGCCGGAGCCCUGUCCGGCCAUACGGGACGACCCCGCUUCUCCAACUCGCGAAGCCGAACGCCUAAUAUACGAGAACGACGCUCUAUUUUAUGAAUUGGGUCGAGGGUCUCACUAG